UUCAACGUGUGGUAGAACAUGGGUUGGAAGAAGACAGAGGCUUUGCUCUCUACGCCUCUGUUGCUGCAGUCUUUCAAGAGGUGGAUGACAUCAGGAAAGAAAGCUGUAUUUCGACUGCUUAUAGUCAUCAUGCUCGAACGUACAGCGUUCUACUGUAUUAUGAUGACCUCCUCCAUCUAUUGCACGAACUACCUUCAUUUUCCAACAUGGGCAACUUUCCUCCUGAACCUUCAUCUGAUGGCAUCGGUCUAUCUCUUUGCUCCUGCGUUUGGCUGGUUGUCAGAUCGCAAGUUCGGGUACAUUCCCGUCCUCUCCACGUCGUUUGUCAUGUACUUGGUUGGAGUAAUUCCUAUAGCCUACACUGCAACUGCGGCAAGUCGACAGCACGGUACCGAGCUUGGGUAUUUGAAAGCACUCUACGUUGUAGGGUUGACAAUUGUCGUACUGUGUGCAUCAGCAGUCAGAGCGACUCUGUUGCCUUACAUGUUGGAGCAGUUGGGAGACGGCAGUGAAUCUCGCAGUGUCAUAGCAGGAGUAAUUGCAGCCAGUUACACUAGCGUCAACAUUGGAGCCUUUGCAGCAGGCGUGGGAGGGGGAUAUCUGUGGCAACAGGCGGGCAUUUGCAGGAAAUCCAAUUAUACGGGAUUCUUUUGGACAUACCUGUUGGCCGUCAGUUGCCUUGUUGUAGCCGUUCUUGUCCUAAUCAUCUGGAGAAAGCAAUACAGAUCACACACAGUUCAAAGAACAGCUGAAUAUACACCAAGCUUUAGAGACAUUCUAGCUACAGGAUGUGGCUGCUAUAGAUCUGAUCCUGAACCACUCUACUAUGAUCAUAAAGAACUACCCAUCAAGACUAAGGAAGAAGAAACCAAAGACAGGUUGGAUGAACACCGCAAACGGCUAGGAGUUCUUGUACCUGUGCUGUCUACUCUCAUUCUUUACUACACAGUUCAAGGACAGUUAGUGGAUGGCUUUAAAGAUCAAACUGUCCACAUGAAUUUUUUCUAUGAUCAACAGAAUGGGACAAUACUGAACAAAAGCAACAACCUGCUUUCAAACUACUGUACAGUAAAUAGCACCAACAACGAGUAUCUCAUUCCACCAACAGUUUUGAAUGGCUUUGACGCUUUAGUAAUCAUCCUAACAAUUCCAGUGGUUUGGUGGUUCAUUCCAUCGAUGUACGUAAGAUGGGGACAAUAUGAAUUGACUAUGUUGGACAGAAUAUCUAUAGGAAUGAUACUGACAAUGCUGGGAUGCAUUGCUACUGUUGGUGUAGAAGUGAGCCGCAUUCAUGCCGCACAAUUAAAUUACAUCUGCCUAAAGAUGGACCAAACCGCCUUCAUUAUUGUAUAUUCAACAUUGUCACCAUUCACACAAAUACCUCAACAUCUUCUAGUUGGAAUUGGUGAGGGAUUUACUGGCAUCGCAGCAAGAGAAUUUGUGUUAUCAAGAGCACCACGAGAAUUUCGAUGCACUGCAUAUGGAUUGAUCUACUUGGCAAAUGGGCUAGCAUUGUAUUUGGGAGGACUACUGCUGUUUGUCAUGAAACACCUCCACUACUACUACUCAGACAUUAGCCCAGCCUACGCAGUAACAAUCGGCUCAAUAGUUGAAGCAGAAAAGUCUUCUAGAACCUGGGUGUACUACAUCGUUUUGACAGCAGUUAUGAUGGUGGGCUGGUGUGUUUUUUCUUUGAUAAAGAGAAGACAUAAAGACGUUCUUCGAAUAGCAAGAGCCCAUAUAUAUGGUGCAAUGAACCUGUAGUAGUCUACAUGAUCAUUUCAUGGUAAUAGCUGAGUCAGUGUGUGGGACAUUCUAUUCAGUUAGUUCUUCUUCAACGGAAGUGAGUUACACAAGAUAUGAAAUUGAGUAGUUUCAAUAAAUUAGCAAGAUGUAAAAUCCGUCAAGUUGAUUUAAAAUUGAAAUUAAGAUUGCAUUCUA